UCAAAUUUUCAGCGCUCUCUUCGCUCCGCUGCGAAGCCGCCCUAAAUCCUAAAUCCCUCGCUCACUCUCUCGCCGGUGAGUUCGCCGUCGCCGGAGUGGAGGGGGUGUCGGCGUUGCUUGGUGCUGAGAUCGGAGAUGGACUUUGAGAUGGGGGAGGCUGAUGGCGGAGCCGUCGAGGUUGAUUUCCUUUGCGUGGAGGUCGAUCUUGAUUACGAGUUCGAUGCCGCGCGGUUCUUUGAUUUCUGCCGAGCUGAGUCCGAUAUGGAGUUUCGUGAGGCUGAACUCUGGUUUGAGUCCGCCGGGAGCUAUCCUCCUUCUCCUUUUAUUGCGACGAUGAAGGCAUGGACUGAUGUGGCUGGGGAGAAUGUAAAUACUCUUCCGAAGUAUAAAGAUGAGGACAAGAGUAAUACUCUAAUUAUUCAGGGAGAGUUCAAUAUGGGUGUUGAGUAUUCUGAGCUAGACAAAAAAGAUAAAGGCUUGGGAGUUCAUCGUCAUACUUCUCAAAGUAUGCGAAAAGGCAUGAAAAAGUCAUUUGCUGCAGGACCUUUCUUAAGAGGCUCUACUUUGAUGAAACCUACUGCAAGUCAAUUGGCUAAGCAAAAUAAACCACAGGAAGUCAAGAAUAGCUCUGAGAGUUUUCUUAGGCAUCAAAAACUUUUGGUUGGGAAGAGUGAGAAAUCUUCUGAGGAUCCAUUUGGUAAUGUUUAUCAGGCUGCCAAAAGACAAAAGUUGGAGGGUGGUCAUUUGUUCAAGGUUGCUGACUCUAAGCAACAAAUGGAUUUGAUACACAAAGUUCCACAAAAGAAUUCAAGGUUGAAACUGACAAUUCCUAGAGAACCUGAGCUGGAAACAGCACAAAGGGCACAAAGAGUGAGGAUCCAAGUUCACAGGACCAAAACUGCCAAUCCUACACAAGAUGGAAUGACACCUGCAUCAUCCGCAUUUAAAGCACGCCCUUUGAACAGAAAGAUUCUUGAGGCUCCUUCUCUGCCCCUGCACCAGAAGAGCAAGCCACAAUUGGGUGUGGAUAAUAGCAGCAGCCACAUCAUGCAACACAGUUGCAUAUAUGAUGAAUUUAAACUAAUGACAUCAGAGAGGGCUAUUCAGCAUUCUUUGGCUGCGCCAUCAUCGAUUGCAAACAGUUGUGCUUCCAAUUGUGCUUCAGAGAUUUGUUCUGUGGGUUCCAGGAGGUUGCCAUGUCAGCAUUCCAGCACUUUACAAUUGCAGAAAAGUGCAAAACUGGAUGGAAGUGGUGUGGUUGCCAAAUUUAAAGCUCGUCCACUUGAGAAAAAGAUAUUUUCUAGUAAAGGAGACAUAGGUGUCUUUCGUAGCAUCAAGCAGGAAACAACAACACCUAAGGAGUUCAACUUUGAAACAAACAAAAGGCUUCAGCAGAAUCCACCAAUAGAUUUGUUUAGCAAGUUAUCUUUGAAUUCUGAGGCACAGCAGAGUAAUGCAUCUCUGGUGAUCAUUUCUCAGUCCAUUCCUGUUAUUAAUAAGGGUUCCAAAGAGAAUAUAAUCAAACUGCCACGGCAAGAACCCAAGAGGGAAACAUUUCGAAAUUUUGAGGGUCAGUGCACUCAAGCUGGAAGUGCGGUGUCUUCUAGUUUCAGAACGCAAGCAAAUACAUUCAGGAGCUUGGGAAUCCGUUGAUAGGUGUGAAGAUAACAGAGCUGCGUCAAAGGGCGAUUAGUACUAAUCUUCAGCAUUUGUAUACCCACAACAAAAUCAAACCUUCAUUCAAUAUCAAUAUUUUCACUCUUGGUAUGGAUGAAAUCAUCCUGAUUUUCAAAGGAUGAUGCAUAUGAAAUUUUCAUUUGUACAGUUUUGUCAUUCCUGGUUCUCCUGGAGCUUGAGCUUGUUUUGAUGAUCGCUUUACUGCAAUCAAAGUAAUUGCUGCUGUGAAGCUUGGAUAAAUAAUAAUGUUCCAGUGAAGUUAUAUGUGUGAAACCAGACAAGUCUUUGUGAUAUACAAGUCACCGAAAGUUGCAUAGGAAUGUAGCAUGAUAUCAUUGUACAGUGUUUCAACCCCAGAGCAUAUAUUUUGUUGAUCUGGUUUUUGUUAUUCUGGUCAAUCAAUACAUUCAAUCUUGCAAUAUAGAUGGCUUAUUUU